AUGCAUAUCAAUGGCACCAAGACUAAUGGCACCACUGCUCAAGUCGCCCUCGAUGACCAGAUUGCCAUUUCUCCGAAUGCACCACAGGACCUUCCCCGCCUCCUCAAGGAAGUCAACUCCCUGAGUCAAGAUUUCACCGAGGGACAUCAAGAGGCGCGACUAAAGCUCAUUGACGCGGCCCAGUCCAUUGUCCGAGCUUUGGAGACGCCACGAGAAACCCUGCUUCGCUACUGCUGGGCCCAAUCCACCGCUUUCGCGGCGAUCGAGACAUGCAUUGAUCUGGGGAUCUUCCCCAUCCUAGCCCAGAGCGACGAAUCGAAAUCAGUGGCAGAGCUUGCAAAAGCGACUGGUGCGGAGCCAGAGUUGCUAGGGCGUCUCCUGAAACAUCUCGGUGCCAUGGGUGUGGUCGUGGAGACCGGGUUCGAUGAGUACCGCCGUAAUGGGUUCUCGACAGCAUUGGCGAUGCCCCGUUAUAGUGAUGGAAUCCCAUGCAUAAACGGGUGCACCAUUCCUUCAAUCCAUGCGCUCCCAGCAUGGCUGAAGAACAACAACUAUACCAGCCCGACCGAGGGCAAGAACUCCCCAUUCUCGCUGGGAUUCAAGACCGACCUACACUUCUUCGAGUUCCUUAGCGCCAACCCCGAAUACCCGCAGCUUGCCGGCCAGUUCAACAACCUCAUGUCCGCCUAUCACCAGGGACGAGCCAGCUGGAUGGACGUAGGAUUCUACCCGGUGCAGGAUAACCUGAUCCAGGGUGCACGGACCGGAACCGACGAAGUGUUCCUGGUGGAUGUCGGCGGGAACAAGGGUCACGAUCUCGAGGAGUUCAAGUCCAAGUGGCCUGAGGCGCCCGGACGAUUGAUCCUGCAGGAUCAACCCCAUGUGCUCGCUGAAAUUAAGUCCCUGAACCCGGCUAUCGAAGCCACGGCUCAUGACUUUUUCACAGAGCAGCCAGUCAAAGGCGCUCGAACCUACUUCCUGCAUUCCAUUCUACAUGACUGGAACGAUGAGACCUGCCAGAAGAUUCUGCGUCGACUGGCGGAUGCCAUGACUCCCGGGUACAGCAAGUUGCUGAUCAACGAGAACGUGAUUCCUGAUACGGGGGCCCACUGGCAAGCUACCUCCCUGGACAUCAUCGUGAUGGUGGAUCUGGCAUCCAAGGAACGGACUGAACAUCAGUGGUACGAACUGAUGAAGCCAACGGGCCUGAAGAUCACGAAGAUCUGGUCGGCGCAGGCCAGUGCCGAGAGUCUGAUUGAGUGCGAGUUAGUCUGA